AGAGCCCAGGGGGGCCCGAAGGGCCCAUAGCACUGUCGUUAUCUGCGUUAUCGUGUAGCUGUUUUGGCUUCUUUUUUUUUCGUUGUGGCAGUUUUAGCGUGCUCUUCUUGUCUCCUUGUCCACAGACAUGGCAGGCCGCGCGGACGCUCGGUCUCGUUCCCCGCGUGUGUUCCUGAACUACCACAGCCAACACUUCGGUAUCAUGCCAAUGGCCGCAGAUGAUCAGAUCCCAAAUCCGUUGUGGACGUCGCUUUGGUCCUCCGAGCGCCACGAACCCCUCAGGAACCUCGACAGAAUUGACAUCUCUCACAAGUUGACCAUCAUCAAAGGCAAGCCUGGUUGUUUGUUCUGUCGCCUGUGUGGUAUUUUCAUGGUUGAAACUUUCAAUGGCGCCUUUGCGACGGUCUGCCCCGAGCACCCCCUCAGCUACUACCGCCGCAAAUGCUUGACGCGCCUGUGGCAGGGCAAGUUCCCGUACGCAGUGCACGGCGAGACUGACGCGGCGAACGAGGGGCGUUUCCAGGGGACUCGCCGCUUGGCGGCAAAGGCGGCGCCAGCGCUGCUGGCGCUCCCAGCCGCGCCACCGCCAGUGCCGGUCCCAGCGCCGAAGGCCAAGGCUGCCCCGGCGCUGGAGGCCAAGCCCAGAGCCCUGUUGGCGCUGCCCGCGCCGGCGCCCAAGCCGCCGGCGAAGCCAGUGCCAUUCCCUAUGCAGCUCCGCGUUGGCCGCCCAGAUGUGCUGUAUGACUUGGAGGCGAUGGUGCUGCCCCUGCAGCCCCCUCAGUUGCCUGCUAAGGCCAAGCCAGUGCCAUUCCCUAUGCAGCACCAGAUCGUGCCAAAAAUGAUGUUCGAGGUGUUGCCCCAAUUGCACCGGCAGAUGGCCCAGGAUCCGCUGCCUGACAUUGACUCAGACAGUGAUGCCCAGGCCACUAACAGCCCCUCCUUCUUUUCCGACAGUAGCAGCAGUCGUGGCAAUGCCGGCAGUGCCUCUCAGGACGGCCGCCAUUGAUUAAGGUAAGGGGCGGGGG